UUCUUGGAUGGCUCUCAUCGCUGGCGCGAAUCGUGAUGCAGACCUUGAGCCAAACGGGCCUUGUUGGGACAUCAUCCGCCAUCUCGGCCCAUAACGAGCGGAUCCCCCAUUUAAGACUUGUGCGUCUCACCGAUUCACCUCGCUCUUCGCGGCUCGAUCCUCGGUUCGUACGGAGUCGAUGGAGUCGUUGCCGGACGUCGCCCAAUUCGCCCGCAACUUCUCGGUCUUGGUCCGUUCGCAAGGCCCCGACCCCAAGGGCCUCAAGAUGCGCAACCACGCUUUCCACCUCCAUCAGACCGGGAGCACAACCCUUUCAGCCUCGGGGAUUUUGUUACCUGACGGUUGCCUUAGCGAUCGGCCACCCAUCUUCGAUCAUGUGUGUGGCAUUCAUCGUCACUCUGGCGAUCUCGUCGUCACCCCUGCUUCGGUGGUGGAGCCCUUUCUGACUGCGGAAUACAGAAACAAGACCGCCCAGGAAUUUUCACCAAAAUUGAUUCCAGCUGCUCGUAUUGAUGUUCUCAUAGAGGGCAAGGAGGAGGGAACAAGCAGCAAUGGGGCUGCUACCAUUCCUCGCUGGAGUAACUGUAAACUUAUGGCAUUGGUCGAUGUUACUGCAUCUUCUGUUGCUCUUCUAUCAUUGCUUGGAGGUGACAGUGGCUUGCAAGAAAGUUCUUCAUGGGAAGUGGGUUGGUCCUUGGCGGCUAGGGAAGGUGACACUCAGGCAGGGAUGAUCGAGUCAGCCACAAGAAUUGCGAUUCUUGGAAUUCCAAAAGUAGAACUCAAGAACAUGCUGCAUGUAGAUAUUUCUGAAGUUCAACAAAGAGGAGAUCUGCUUAUAGUUAUGGGUUCUCCUUUUGGAAUCCUGUCACCGUCGCACUUUCUCAACAGCAUAUCUUCUGGAGUUGUGGCAAAUUGUUGUUCUGCUGGUUCUGUUAAAAACUCAUUACUACUUGCUGAUAUUCGUUGUCUUCCUGGAAUGGAAGGUGGUCCUGUUUUCGAUAGACAUGCAUGUCUUGUUGGCAUGCUGACAAGUCCAUUGAGACAAAAAAGCAGCAAUGCAGAAAUUCAGCUUGUAAUUACAUGGAAUGUAAUAGCAACUGCCUGGGGAAAUGGGCUGCAGAACGAACCUCAAAAUGUCCAACAAGAAGUGGCAGGCAGGUACAUCAACAAAGAAAGGAGGGUACUUCUGAACCUUGCUAAUUCCAGGGGGCCCAUCAGAUGUUUACCUGAAGGUUCUGAUUUUCCUAACCUCGUCCCUUCACUCAGAAAAGCUAUGUCUUCUGUUGCUCUUGUUACAGUAGGUGAUGGGACUUGGGCUUCUGGAAUUGUACUCAACCCAAAGGGUCUCAUACUAACAAAUGCUCACCUUUUGGAGCCAUGGAGAUUUGGCAGAAAAUCAUUAGUGAAUCUUGUAAAGAAAAGCACUAGAUUUUCUGUUGAAUGUAGUGUUAGUUUCUCUGAGCAAGAGGAAAAAAUAAGUGAAGACAAGAGGCAGAGAUUUUUUUUGUCAGCAUCGGGAAGCUCUAGUGCCUAUGGGGAUAUUGCCCAUGAUGCUUCACUGCUCAAUCGAAGCCACAAAAACUAUAGGAAAAUCUCGGUUCGUCUGGACAACAUGGAAUGCCAGUUUUGGUGUGAUGCUAGUGUGGUUUAUGUCUCAAAUGGACCAAUCGAUGUUGCACUGUUGCAGCUUGAUCAUGUUCCAUGUCAACUUUGUCCCAUCAAUCCUGAAUUUCAUUGCCCAUCUAUUGGUCUACCCGUGCAUGUUAUUGGGCAUGGUCUUCUUGGACCUCGAUCCGGCAUCUGGCCAUCAGUUUCCACUGGAAUUGUAUCACAUGUUGUUAGAGUUCCAGAGCCUCUCCACAUUGAAAAAUCUGGCGUAGUGGAAACUGAGAAAAGAAGUGUACCAGUGAUGCUUCAAACAACCGCUGCAGUCCAUCCAGGAGCUAGUGGUGGUGCUGUGGUUGAUUCAGAUGGCCAUAUGAUUGGUCUAAUAACAAGCAACGCCAAGCAUGGGGGUGGGAGAACCAUACCACAUUUGAAUUUUAGCAUUCCGUGUGCAGCUUUGUUGCCCAUAUUCAGGUUCUCAGAUGAACACGACUGGUCGAUGCUAAAAGUCCUGGACGAGCCGAAUGAUCUCCUCUCCUCUGUUUGGGCAUUGGCACCUCCCCCGUCCCAAUCAAAGCAGUCCAUCUCAGAGAAGAACGACCAGGAAGGCAAAGGAUCUCGUUUCUCCAAAUUCCUUGCCAAGAAGCAUUCAGGGCUUGAGGAUCUAACACACGUCAUUAAGGAGAAGCUGCCAAGCAAGUUGUGAAUGAGAAGGAUGAGGAUGAUGGUUUUGGAAGAUAUACAAUGUAAAGUUGCUUCUAUCUAUGAUAUAAUGUUUCUCUUUGGUACUUGGAGAGAAGAAUAUUUACAUUCAUACAGUUCAUAUGAAUUCUAAUUCGA